GCAAGCUCAUAAUUGCCAAAUAAGAAGGCUUAACACAUAUGGCCAUAGAUUGAAGACAGUACGGGAUCCCGUCUGCUCUCCCAUAGUCAAACUUCUAAUCGCCAAGUUAGUAUUGCGGUGGGUGACCACGCGGGAAUCCUUGGUGCUGUAUGUUUUGCAUUUCCGGUGGGUGUCGAGGCCAAUUCCACGUUGAUUGUGUUAUCUUAAUCAUCAAC